GCAUCCUGAAGAAUAUGACUUCAACAGCUCAGUGCAAUGGCACAACAUCAGAGCUGCCCUCCUCUCCUCUUCAUCACUCCGCCACUCCUGCGGCGUUGCUCUCUGCUUGAAGGGGACACUGGCCUGCUCCUCACCCACUGAUUCUGCAUGACUGUCACAAAGAUGUCAUGGCGUCCGACCUACCGAAGCUCCAAGUUUCGAAAUGUCUACGGAAAAGUAGCCAACAGGGAGCACUGCUUCGACGGCAUCCCCAUCACCAAGAACGUCCAUGACAACCACUUCUGUGCCGUCAACUCCAAGUUCUUGGCAGUCGUCACCGAGAGCGCUGGUGGCGGCUCAUUCAUCGUCAUACCUGUAUCUCAGAAAGGCCGCCUGGACUCUCAUUACCCAAAAGUGUGCGGCCACCAGGGCAAUGUGCUGGACAUCAAGUGGAAUCCCUUCUUUGAAAACAUCAUAGCAUCCUGCUCUGAGGACACCUCGGUGCGAGUAUGGGAGAUUCCAGAAGGCGGUCUGAGGAGAAACAUGACAGAGGCCGUGCUGGAGCUGUACGGUCACAGCAGACGGGUGGGUCUGAUCGAGUGGCACCCCACCAGCAGUGGCAUCCUGUUCAGUGCUGGAUACGACUACAAGAUCCUGAUCUGGAACCUGGAGAUCGGAGAGCCGGUAAAAAUGAUUGACUGCCACACAGACGUCAUCCUCAGCAUGUCCUUCAACACAGACGGCAGCCUGUUGGCCACCAGCUGCAAAGACAAAAAGCUGCGUGUCAUCGAGCCGCGCUCUGGGACUGUCCUGCAGCAUGCCAGUUGUAAGAACCACCGGGUAAACCGAGUGGUGUUCCUGGGCAACAUGAAGCGACUGCUCACCACAGGGGUUUCUCGCUGGAACACCCGGCAGAUCGCUCUGUGGGAUCAGGAGGAUUUGUCCAUGCCAAUUGUGGAGGAGGACAUCGACGGCCUCUCAGGGCUGUUGUUUCCUUUCUAUGAUGCUGAUACACACAUGCUGUACUUGGCAGGAAAGGGGGAUGGCAACAUCCGCUACUUCGAGAUAACCACAGAGAAGCCAUACUUACAAUACCUAAUGGAGUUUAGGUCCCCAGCCCCACAGAAAGGUCUAGGUGUGAUGCCAAAGCACGGGCUGGAUGUGGCAGCUUGUGAGGUUUUCCGCUUCUACAAACUAGUAACCCUGAAGGGUUUGAUCGAACCCAUUUCGAUGAUUGUGCCAAGAAGGUCAGACACAUACCAGGAGGACAUCUACCCAAUGACAGCAGGAACAGAACCUGCGCUGACUGCCAGUGAAUGGCUGAGUGGCAUAAAUAGAGACCCAGUCUUGAUGUCGCUGAAGGAAGGUUACAGCCGGCCCAACCAGCUAGUGUUCAAGGCUCCAGUAAAAGAAAAGAAGAGUGUGGUGGUGAAUGGGAUCGAUCUGCUGGAGAACGUACCACCCCGGACAGAGAAUGAGCUCCUGCGGAUGUUCUUCAGGCAGCAGGAUGAGUUGCGGCGGCUGAAGGAGGAGCUGACUACCAAGGAUGUUCGAAUACGUCAGCUGGAGCUGGAGCUCAACAACCUGAAGAACGUUAGCCCCAACAACGUGUGACCUCUCAGCCUCCUGGACUGACAGAGCUGCUUCCUUUUGCCCCUGAUUCUUACCUCCAACAAGCUUCUGAGCCCUCCCAUCUCUCUUUUUUAAAAUGUCAUAGGUUCAUUCCUGCUCUUCUGCGUAGUGCACAAUAAUAUGAUAAAUGUUGGAUAAUGUCUUAAUUGAAGCAAUUACUGGAAUAAUGUUAUAAUAUGAUAAAUCAUGUAAGCAAGGCAGUGUUCAGGGGUUGCCACCCUAAGAUGAAAUCGAUGAUCGGUAUCCAAAAAAUGGAGGUUUUAUUUGUGUUUUCUAACUUAAUAUUCUGGAUCAAACACACUCUCCAGUGUUGUGAUCAGUUGCUGCAUAUUUCCUGUCAGACCUUGUGUGUUUGUCUCACUAUGCCCACCCUUUGAUUCAUGUGGCAAUACACAGGCAAAGGAGCCUCGACGCUCACCCUCCGAUAAUGACCAAACCAUCAUCUAGUUCUCAUUAUUUGCCGGGGCAAGACUGGAGGAUAAAAGACUGUGUCUGGCACUCACUUUUCUUCCCUAAGGCCUUAGACCCUGCUGCAGACACAGAUUGCAGCGAGCUGCAGCAUCCUCUCAAAAUGGCUGACGUGAAGUCGUUUUGCAAGAUGAGACGAGCUUUCGCAGACAUGGAUCCUGUUUUUCUCCACAGAGCUGCUCAUCCUUUAUGGCUUCUUUCACCCACAGAUGAUGCUGGUUAUAAAUCAACUUCACGAUACUCAAAUGCAGUCUUUCUUCCCAAGGAGAGUGCAUGGUUCACUCACUCACAGGGUUUUUAUUCUUUAUUUAAACGCUGGGAAAACAGCAGAGGAGACAGAUCCAGAGGCGGCGGACUUGCAUAACUACUCGAUUCUAGUCUCAAGGGAAGCUUUGCAGGCCUUUGGUUUUUAGGGCUAAUUUUGAGGAUGGGAGGCAGUGUAUAUUUGCUUCUAUUUAUUUGUCAUACUUUACCUUUUUAGCUAAUAACAUGUAUAUUUGUUAAUCCCAUUGUUUUUGUAAGAUGUGGCUGCGCAAGUAAUGAUUGUGAUGCUUGAUGGAUUUUGCUGAAUGUUUCCAGUUGAUGGUGCAAGAUCUGUGUGAAACUGUACCUUCAAUGGUGUUAGGUCUUAGACCCAACUUUAUACCUUCAGAUAAGGUAUAAAAUAUUCUCUUGCCUAUUCCUAACAGAACAAAAGACUGUCAUUAUAACCAUCCUUUUACAUUUAGACUAAGUAUAUCACUAUACUAAGAUGUGUUAACCUGUAAAUGUGUAAUUUCUAGAGACUUCAGGUCUUCAUCUCCUUCUCCACAUGAGCUAUCACAAGUCCUAGGCUGAAUUUCAGUUUAAAUGCCUUUGUUCAACUUCUUAUUCUACUUUUUUCCCCUCCAGUCUGGCAUUUAAGAGAAGUGGGGACUGGCUAAGCAUUUGAUUUGAUCCAUUAUGUCAGCAAAGUUCAAGUAGUUAGAAGAGAAGAUUCUGCUUAACAUGCUGUGUUUUUAAUCCAGAGCCAAUCAUAGACAGAAAUGCCGUUAUUCAUAUUCUUUUCAAGGAACGAGAGAGAGGGAAAAGAUGACUGACUCUAGGCUUUGCCAGAAUGGAGUACAUGGAAAGAGAAAGUUAAAAGUAAGUUAAACGAUGAAGGUCAUGAUCAUCAUGUCGCAGUAAGGAUAGUCAUGCUCAAAAAUUAAAAACCGGACAUUUUUCUCUUUUAAAUUAACAUCUCAAUCUCUGACUCAUAUAUGGUUAACUUUUGCAUUUCUUGCAGGGAAAAUAAAGGCGAUGAUGAAAGUAGACAGGCAGGGAUGGAUUCAGCAGUAGUGGAUCCUCUGGAGAGGAGAGACAGGUGAAGUUUUAGUUGGAGUUGUGAUAUGUCAGGUGCUUUAGUAAGAUUUUAAGUUAACAUAACAGAGGUAAAAUAGCCAUGGGUUGCACUAGCUAUGUCUAAAUUCAAACAUAAUCCAGUUUGAAGGUAAAUUCUAACUCACAGUGGAGAUUAUGCUCUGGAUUAUACUGGCCGUUUGAUGUCAGCUGUGCAUUCUCCAUGAUCAAUUACAGUUAUUCCAUGAGAGGAGAUAAUUCCCAUCAUUUAACAAUAAAGUACUGGUAGAUUAUGUCAUGUUAUUGAUGAUUUCACCAUUUACUCUCACCUUUAUUUCAUACUGGCUCUUGGUUUUGGCCCUGGGCUUUAGUUAUCACCUUAUCACAAUGCUUGGUCAUGUUUUCAUGAGCAGCAGGAAUCAUUUUUAGCAGUUAUCCUAUUUUAAAAACAGACAAGAUAGGUGGCACUGUAACAAACACUGCAUUAAAAAUGCUUCUCACUGAUUGGUCAAAUGAAGUGCAAAUACCCUUUCUGAGACAAAAAUUUGGUUAGGUUGGACAUUUCACUGCACUUGGUAAGGUGAACCUCAUUUCUGUGUGGUGCAACUAACCAAUGACACAACUUAAAGGGAUACUUAAACAUUUUGUCAAAUUCGC